UGUGUGUGUGUGUCUGUGUAUGUGCGUGUGCGUGUGUGCAACGCUGAGUGGAGAGCAAAUCGAGAUACAGUAGUAACCCAGAGUGAGGUGGCAGUCUUAUUCCACAUCGACACUGACUUGCCCUGCAUACAUCCUAUCUGUCACUAUAUCGCUGAGCGCACUUGAGGAGUGAAAGAGAAAAAGAGUCAAGAUGGCAUCGGGAAGUGGCCGUGGACAAUCCGGGAUCUAGUUUCUUCGGGGUUUUACUGUGGUGCCACGGAGCGCAAGUGACUGGCCGUGCAAGGCGUUAAUAACUAAGUUGCUCUUGGCCCUGUUGGGACUUCGCUGGUGUGGAAUAGCAACAAAGGACGGGAGCGCGCAUUCAUGGGACGCGACUUUGACAGCUCUUCAUUUCUUGUCUUAUAACUUUAUUACCUGGCAGCGGGGGCAAGAUUGUGACUCGAGCGGGAGAUAAUGGCUGAGGCUCCGCUAGCCGACCCACUCCCGGACUUGGACGUGGUCAUCGACCCGGACUUCGAGCCCCAGAAGCGGCCCCGAUCAUGCACCUGGCCGCUGCCACGGCCGGACUCGAACGCGGUGAAACCGGAGAGCAAUGACACUGAUAUUAUCCCCGAGGAGGAGGAUGAUGAGGAGGACAGUGCCACCCCGACGGCCAUCAGUGUCAAUGGCUCCGGUUUGGCGACAGAGGACCAGAGCAGCAACAGCCCCGUCGCCGACGGAGCGCUCUCCUCACCCGGCCAGGAGAGCGGAGGCUCCCCGCUCUCCACGCACUCCCCGACGGCCACCUCUGGCGCGCUCGCCCCGAGCAGCCUGGCCGCCCAGCAGACCCCGAGGAAAGCAUCAUCUCGCCGCAACGCCUGGGGGAAUCUCUCCUACGCCGACCUGAUAACCAAAGCCAUUGAGAGCGCGCCGGACAAGAGACUGACACUGUCCCAAAUUUAUGACUGGAUGGUGAGAUCCAUCCCCUACUUCAAAGACAAAGGCGACAGCAACAGCUCUGCGGGAUGGAAGAACUCCAUUCGGCACAACCUUUCCCUCCACAGCCGUUUCAUUCGCGUCCAGAAUGAAGGAACAGGGAAGAGCUCCUGGUGGAUGAUCAAUCCCGAGGGAGGAAAGGGUGGCAAGGCUCCUCGCCGACGUGCAGUCUCCAUGGACAACAGCAACAAGUACACCAAGUCUGCCCGUGGCCGUGCUGCCAAGAAGAAGGCAGCCCUGCAGGCUGCAGCCGCUGCAGCUGGUGAAGGCGGCGGAGACAGUCCUUCAGGUCUUUCUAAAUGGCCGGGAAGCCCGACGUCACGCAGCAGCGAGGAGCUGGAUGCCUGGACAGACUUCCGCUCCAGAACUAACUCCAAUGCCAGCACUCUGAGCGGUCGCCUCUCACCCAUUCUGGCUAAUCCUGAGCUAGAUGAGGUGCCCGAUGACGAGCCCCCUCUCUCGCCUAUGUUCUACUCCAGUCCUGGCAGAGCACUGUCUCCUGGCAACGCCACAACCAACGGGAAAGCUGUGCCGACCGAGCUGCCCCGUCUGGCAGACCUGGCAGGUACAAUGAACCUGAAUGAUGGACUCACAGAUGACCUGAUGGAUGAGUUGCUGGAUAACAUCAACCUGGUGCCAACCACUCCCAGCCAGACUGCUCCAAAUGGUUCCUCAGGGUUCAAUUUUGGGUCCAAAGCCAAUGGGCUAGGCUCACCUUCCUCCACCUCCUCUCCAUCCUCCAACUCUUCAUCUAACAGUGGAGCUAAUGGCUACAGUAACUCCAUCUUCGGCCCCCACACAACGGGUUCCUCUCUGCGUCCGUCCCCCAUGCAGACCAUCCAGGAGAACAAGCAAACCUCCUUCUCCAGCAACAGCAUGUCUCGCUUUGGCAGCCAGACACUACAAGACCUGCUCAACUCUGACAGCCACAGCCACAGUGAUGUCAUGAUGACCCAGUCUGACCCGCUGAUGUCACAGGCCAGUGCCGCUGCUGUCAUUUCCCAGAAUUCCCGCCGUGGUCUCAUGCUACGUAAUGAUCCUGUAAUGACCUUUGGGACCACAGGAGGACUUCAGGGCAGCCAAGGAGAGAUGCUGCAAAGUAACAACCACAACCAGAGCUCCCUGAGGUCUUUAAACGGAGGCCUGAACCUAGCCAAUGACGCUAACACUUUGGCUAAUGCCAAGCAGCAGCUACUGCUCUCACCCUUGGGAGGAAAUGGGUCUUCCUCCAUGCAGAUCGACACCUCAAUCUUCCUGAAUGGAACAAUUAACAGCAGUGGUGGGAUCUGUCAGGACCGUUUCCCCACAGAUCUCGACUUGGACAUGUUCAACGGCAGCCUGGAGUGUGACAUGGACUCCAUCAUCAGGAACGAGCUGAUGGACGCAGAUGGCCUGGACUUUAACUUUGACUCUCUGGCCAACAUGAACGGAGUCGGCAACUUCACUAGCACCAAGCAGACCUCUCAGAGCUGGGUACCUGGCUGAGAGGAUCAGGCCAGGAAGGAGCAGAGCAGGUCUGAACAGCAUAGUGCAAGAGAAGAUCAGACACACAACAUCCUUUUUGCCAAACCUGCCAUCAGCACAACGUAAAAAUAAAAACCCUGUGUUUACAGAAGAAGACUUCCUCUCGAGAGCUUUACCUUUGCUCCCACACUGGUGAACCAUGAACGAUCCGACACUCUAGAGAUGCUGCACAUAAGCCCUCAAAGCCUCCUGUGAAACAACAACAAAAAAGAAAGAAAGCUACGUCUAACAAUCACAAUAAACUCACAAAUCUUAGAAUUAUGCAAUUUUCCUUUGACACCCAGUCUGUUGAUAUCAAAGAAACUCUGUUUAUCAGAAGGAGUUUCAGGUGGAAUACAAGGACUAAAUAUCAAGCAAAGAUGGAAGGAGUGCACGGUGCAGUUGUUCCCAUUGAAGACAAGAGAAAAAAAAAGACAAAAGCAUAAAGUGAAAAAAAAAAAAAUCAAGAAGUGACGUGGUGUAAAUCUGAUCCAGUGGUUCCCUGGAAUGUGUUAUGUUGAAAAAAAAAUCCCUCUGUUCUCACUUAGUGAUUUUAAAUGUUCAGUGUUUGUUAAUUUGGAUUUUCUGUUUUAUCAUAAUUGUUUCUGCAUCAUACAUGUCUGUACAAAAAGGUGGUGUAUUGAUAAAAUGAAAAGAUGGAAACAGAGUAUCUUACUCACUGAGCAGCCGCACACUCAGUACAUGCAAACACACACACAGACAAAACCUACACUUGGCCCAAGUUUGCAAGAUUUCAACCAUAGAAGUUAAAAUUUCUUAGUAUAAUGCCAUGCACUUCCUGUUUUGUUCUUAUAAAUUGCUUAAAUUUAACUUAACUGCAGCAUACAGUACUGAGGGUAUAUUACAAUUAGCUGAAUACUACAAAAUAUGUUCUUGUGUAUAUCAAAUGUAAAAAAAUGAAAAAAGACUAUAGGAAGAAAAUCUCCGUCAUGGAUAUUUGUACAGUGCAGGGCAGUGAAAAGUUCAAGAAGGAAGGGGGGGGGUAUUGGAUAUUGUCUGUCUUUUCUUAGUUUUCUUAGCUUCUGGUGAGUUCUGUUGAGGUCGUUUAUCACAGCAUAUGAUGUAGCCAAAAUUAUUACCUGUGUCCUAGGGUUGUGAACAUUUCCACACCAUAACAGGUGCUAUGUAAACAGUGUUGAAUCCUGUCCUGAGAGCAAGCCGUGCAUUUAGUUUGUUCGUUUUUGUUUUGGUUUUUUUUUGUUUGUUUUUUCUUUCUGUUAUUACCCAUGACCUGCAGAAGCCCAAAGCUGCAGCCACUUGUAGCACGGCUUGAACCUGUAGAGACGGCGGGGGGGAGCAGGGUUUUAGGCUCAUUCCUCUAGAAGCCAUUUGUUUCUCGAGUAAAACAAUAAGCUAUCUCUGUAUAUUGCCAAAUUACUUGAAACAAACAGUAGGAUAUGCUGGCAGCCAAAUCACAACACGCACAUGCACACCCACCCACCCACCAACAUACAUAUAUGGACAUAUAUACAUAUACACACACACAUACACACACAUAUACACACACACACACACACACACACACACAUAUAUAUAUUACAUACACAUAGAUAGAAGAAAAAUAAUACCAGGGAUCUGUGUUAAGCUCUGCUGUUUUCUUGUCAUGAGCUUGUGGGGCUUGUUAUGCAUAUUUAGAAUCACUCAGGGGGGAAAAGGGAGGCUUCCCGUUUAAGUAACAUCAAGUCACAUUCUAAUGGUAUUUUAACAUUUCUUGAUAAAAAAAAAAAAAAACAGUAAUGCUUUGUGUUUGUGAACUUGUAACCUGUGAACUUUUGGGCCGUCAAGAUGAAGAGGAGGAGGCGAGAUAAGCAUCAGGAUUAAGACUUCACGCGGUCUGUUUUAUUUUUGGUUUUGCUGUCAUAGCUUUUUCUCCUCUUGUCGGACUCGUGACACACACAUACACACAUCCCCUCAUGGACACGCCUAGUGCUCCUGCAGGUGACUUCCUGUAUCUCCCGAGUAUGUGUGCGUGUGUAUGUGUUUAUCUGUGGUGUGUAUUUCUGUUGAACUAAUCUCACGAGGAUGUGGAAUCCCUCACUAUCCCUCAUGGUGCAUACAGCAGAGCCGACUGUAUGCAUGUACGUAUUUAUGCAUUAUGAAUUGUGUGAAAUGCAUAUAUACUCGCUGUAUGUCUUUAUAUACUCAUGUAGUACUUGACCCUUGGAUUUUGUGAUACCUCUGAAGGUAAAGUUGAAGAAAUAAUGAACAACGUUAGCGCCGGGUAGGAGGGAACACUGUUACCAGCGAUUUUAACUGAUGAACCAGAUUUUGAAAAUGGUGGAAUGCACCAUAGUUGUAGCAUCCUCUGGAGACCCUGGUAACCCUUCUCUGUCUGGGGUACUGACAUGAAGUGUAUGCCCCGCUGUGUAUAAUAGUGUACAGAUGUGUGUAUAUCACUUUGAGGCCAAGGGAGAGCAGUGUGUGUGCAUGGUUGGCUAGAAUGAUCUACUGUGCUAUCUGAGGUUUAGUGCAUGACAUAGCUGUACCCCCUCCCCAUCUCCCCCCGACCCUGCCAAUGGUGCCGUCCCUUGACAGAAAUUGUAAUACAGAGAACGAACCCUGUGUCUUUGGCACUCAAACGCACACUCUGUUUCAAUUUUUAAAAUCAGGGCUUACAGAGCAGCACUUCAACCAUCCACCUUCCGAGUGUGCGUACAUCAACGCAGACACAGGAGAUGCCUCCUUAACGGACGUUCCUCAGCUUCAUACUUGUUUUAUUCCACGUGGAGCGCGGCAGGCUCACGUCCUGGUGCUCUCAUUGAGCCGUUAGUUAUGACCUUGACACAGUCGAAGCGUCAUCAACGACAAUGAGCUGGAAUUCCCUACAUCUUGUCAUAUUUCCAGAGCAUUAUCACCGUUCUUUUUGGCAGGGAGAAUCCUGAGCCAUCACCUGAACUGCUAAACAUUUGAAUUUAUCUACACUGACUGUACUAAAUAUUACUUUAAUCCUCCUGUGAAGACAACUGACAAGGUAAAUCCAGGGAACACUCUAAUCCUUUCUAUUUAAAGAGGGGGUUAUUGAUUCCUGAUAAACUGCAAAGGGGAUCUCAAUCGCAGGAAAAACGUUGCUAACAUUUUGUACAUUCAGUUUAAAAUGUUUUGGCUUUUCGUGGAGAUAGUUUACACUUAGUCAUAGUGGAGCAGGCCUUCCACACAGUCACUCAGUGCUACUGCUUCAUUCAGGCACAGAUUAUCUCUUCUUGUGCUCAACACACACACCUGCAGCACAACACGUGCAAAUUUAAUGCUAAGAAAAGCAAAAAAAAAAAAAAAAAAACAUUAGAAGAGACAUACCACUAGAUACCUUAAUCACCUCUCAGACCUUUCCUUUUCAUUAUCUUCUCUUGAACCUUUUCCAUCCUUGUUAAGAGGCCCAGGCCAGCUCCCAUCCAUAUGCCCUCUGAACUUUGCCCUUUGAACUUUGCCCUUUAUUAAUCUUGCUUCUUCUCGACUUGAUGUUAGUGGGUAUUUUUCCUGUGUAUUCCAUUUUGAAUUGUAAUCUAGUUUGUAUAAGAAAUGGUGCGCAUGUAAAUAAAGCUUGGUGAGGCUCCACACCC